UAAUGCGAUAAUAGGCAUUCAAUAGCAGUAAAGCGGUAGUGUAGAUAUUAUUACCAGAUACCACUAUUCACUAUCACCACUGAAUACUUGUCAGUACAACUACACGACUAUACUACUCCACUAUUCAUUACCACUGAAUACGAAUACUACUCGCUACUAAACCACCAUCCUACUCCACUGAUCCAUUACUCCCUACCACUGUAUCACUACCAUCGUAACCAUGUUGGUCUAUCCAGUCAUAGUGCUGGCCCUAGGUACCCUAUGGCCACUGGACCGGAGACCUAUGAAGUCACAUUCACUGAGCCAGGUGACUGGUAACCACCACGGUACUACAUGGGCCAUGGCAGAGAAGGUGACUCAAGGAGAUGAUCCUGAGGAAGUAGUGGUAGUGGAAGGUACUACUAGUGAUGAAGUGGCAAAGAACAAGGAGAGUCCAAAAGGUUUAAGAGAAAGCUGUGAGGAGUGGUGUAACAAGUGGGAUAUACUGGACAAAGAUGGAAAAUUAAAGUGGGAUAUGAAUCCAUAUGUAGUUGUUCUUCUCGUCGCAUUUGGAUUUCUAACGGGGCUUGGACCAGUACUCAUAGUGGUUAUUAUUAUAGUAUAUGUUAUAUUGUCUAUUGGGAAUAAGAUAAUAAAUCCUAAGACCUGGUUGGGGAGCUCUGGAAACAACCUGAAGAAUGUGAGUGUUAAAAAUGUAGAUUAAUUAACAUCAUCUAAGGUGUAAGUACUGCUGAGUAUGUAACCUACAAACAACGUGCAUUUAAUAUGUUG